AUGGACCGAAGAAGAGGACGUUCAGCUGGUAUUUUACGUGAACUUGUUCGGCGACCGGCGUUGGGAUUUCAUAUCCAAAGUUUCAGGUUUGAAGGUUGGCGGGAGACAGGAAUCAUAGGUCUGAAAAGAACAGGCAAAAGCUGCAGGUUGCGUUGGGUUAAUUACCUGCACCCUGACCUCAAAAGGGGAAAGAUGACCCCUCAUGAGGAGCGCCUUGUUCUUCACCUUCACUCCAAAUGGGGAAAUAGAUGGUCAAGAAUCGCGCGCAAAUUACCCGGCCGCACGGAUAACGAGAUCAAGAACUACUGGAGGACAUACAUGCGGAAAAAGGCCCACGAAGAAAAGAAACCAAACGCACAAUCAUCGCCAACAUCAUCCUCGUAUUCCAACUCGCUAUCCUCGGACAGCCCCACUCGAGCUCAUGCGAAGAUCAACCCAGGCAGCAAAGAUCCAACUGGAGCAAGCAAAACUAGUUUGGAAAUUGAAGAAGGCGCGGAAGCUUACUCCAUGGAUGAAAUAUGGAAAGAUAUCGAGCUGUCGGAAGGGUACAACAAGUUGAGCAGUCGCACGUGGGAUUUUUGUGGGGCUGACUGGUUGUGGCACGUGGAUGAUGAGGAUCAGAGCAAGAUGUUGAUGCAGCAAAUGGGUGAUCACUAUUACUUUUAG